CCCGUCCCUCUGCGUGCACUCCAGCCGCAGGGAAAAGGAAAACGGUGCAGCAGCUCGCCAGCUCUAACCGCUACGGUGCAGUAGAUUGGGCGCGAGCUUCAGCUUCUACUCUACGCUACGCUAGCGCUAGUCCCCUUGUGCACCAGCACACCUUGUAGCAAGCUAGUAGUAUAUCUGUAGUACGCAGUACGCUCUUCGCCUUCCUUAUCUGUCUGUCCACACGCUGCGUCUUCAUUCACUGCCCUGUCCUGGCUACGUACCCGGCCGGCCAUCGUUCGUCGUCGAAAGGCUGGAUUGGAAUGAAGGACGCCUUCUCCCCGCCUUCGCCGCCGCCGGCACCGGCACCGGCACCGGCCCCAGACUCCGCGGAGGACCUCGCGGACGCGCGGCUCGCGCCGUGGACGUUCUCCCCGUGGCCGGCGCCGCGCCGGGACCACGCCAGCGGCGGCGGCAGCGGCAGCGGCCGGCCGAACCCGCUCUUCACCAUACUGCCGGUCUCGGCUCUGGCCAUCGGCCUCGUGCUGCUCGUCGCCGUGGCCGUCAUCCUGCUGGCGGUGACCCGGCGCGCGAGGCCGCCCAAGGCGGACGGCGCCAGCGGCAGCUGCAACGGCGACAGCGGCAAGCCGGGCGCGCCGACGUCCAGCUGCGGCAGCCAUGUCACCAGCAGGUGCGGCGGCUACGCCGCCGCCGGCACAGGGUGCAUAUACGCCGGCCGGCUGGGGUUCUCGGCGCAGCCGCGGAGCCGCGGCGCGCAGGUGUUCACGUACCGCGAGCUGGAGCGCGCGACGGACUGGUUCAGCGAGUGCAACGUGGUGGGGCGGGGCGCCUCCGGCGCGGUCUUCCGCGGCCGGCUCGCCGACGGCACCACCGCCGCCAUCAAGCGGCUGCGGCUGGACCAGCGGCGGCAGGGAGAGCGCGAGUUCCGCAUCGAGGUGGACCUGCUGAGCAGGAUGGACUCGCCGUACCUGGUGGGGCUGCUGGGCUACUGCGCCGACCAGAGCCACCGGCUGCUGGUGUUCGAGUACAUGGCCAACGGCAGCCUCAAGAGCCGCCUCCACCACCCGGCGCCCGCCGCAGCCGCAGCCGCGGGCCCGCCGCCGCCGCCGCCGCUGGACUGGCAGACGCGGCUGGGCAUCGCGCUGGACUGCGCGCGCGCGCUCGAGUUCCUGCACGAGCACAGCAGCCCCGCCGUGAUCCACCGCGACUUCAACUGCAGCAACGUCCUGCUGGACCAUAACUACCGCGCCCGCGUGUCCGACUUCGGCAUGGCCAAGGUCGGCUCCAACAGGACAGACGGCCAGGUCGUCACCCGCGUGCUCGGCACCACAGGCUACCUCGCGCCAGAGUACGCGUCGACUGGGAAGCUGACGACCAAGUCGGACGUGUACAGCUACGGGGUCGUGCUACUGGAGCUGCUCACCGGCCGGGUACCGGUGGACACGCAGCGGCCGCCCGGAGAGCAUGUCCUGGUUUCCUGGGCCCUUCCGCGACUUACGAACCGCCAGAAACUCGUGCAGAUGGUUGACCCUGCCCUGAAAGGCCAGUUUGCCCUCAAGGAUCUGAUCCAGGUGGCCGCCAUCGCGGCGAUGUGCGUGCAGACGAAGGCGGAGUACAGGCCGCUGAUGACGGACGUGGUGCAGUCGCUGAUCCCCAUCGCCAAGACCACCCCGGCGAUGUCCUGCUCCUCCACGCCGCUCAGACCGGCCCUGCAGCACGUCAUCUUCAUGGGCCCGCAGUGCGGCGACGACAAGGCAUCCUCCUAGCCCUAGUCCUGCCAUGGAGGUACCCUACCCACCACUGCCUGGAUCGGAGCGUGGUGGAGUCGGUGGCCAUCGACUAUAGCGCGCGCUAAGAAUUCUCGUUCCUUGAUGUAUAGAGCUCCUCCCCUCUUCUCCAGGAUCUGCAGACGCAACGCAUCGUUGCAGUAGUGCAUCGUGAUUGUAUUCGGGCACAAGCGUACGGCGUGUCAUUUAUUGGUACGGACUGUUUUAAAGAUAACAUGGAAAUACAAAUAAAUAUUCUUUGUUCA